AUAUUGUGGCCGUUUGAGGGCGAACUGACGUUUGAUUUGUUGUUUUGGUUUUGCUUAGUCAAAAUUCUUCAAAAUCUCACCAAAUCCAUGAAAUAAGAUGUCUAAAACAUCCUCAGGGGCAAUAACUUUGGCUCUGAGAGAUAUUCAAUCCGGUCGGAAUGUCAGUGAAGGGGUGAAAAAGACCUCCAGGAUCUCUAGGAAGAGAUCUUCCUGUGAUGGCGAGGAAUCAGUAGAUGUGUCGGCGCCUAAGAAGUCUCUCUCGGAGGAUUGGUUGAAGAUCUUCGCUCCCAAGAAGGUGGAAGAACUCGCGGUUCAUCCGAACAAGAUUCAAGACGUGAAACAGUGGCUGGAGAGUUAUGAGAAGAACGCCGUUCGGAAGCGGAAUCCCAUCGUUUUGCUGACCGGGCCGGCGGGAUGCGGCAAGACGGCGACUGUGAAGUGUCUGGCGGAGGAGAAGGUCUACGAAUUGUGCGAAUGGGUGACGCCAGUGGAUUCUUGCAAGCAAUUCCGGAACGCAGACGACGAGGGAAUGCAGAUUGAGGAGUCACAGGCUGAGAAGUUCAGGGAGUUCCUCUUCAAAGCGUCCCGGUACAAGUCUCUGUUCGCGAAGACCAACAAGAGGAUGCUUUUGGUGGAGGAUUUCCCGAAUUACAUCCUGAGAGAUCAUCAGAUGUUCACAGAUCUUCUCAAGUCAUGGGAAAUUUAUGGAAGGUGUCCGCUUGUCUUUGUGGUCACAGAGACUAAAAGUAAGAAGUUGAAUCUGUCUUUCAACCUCUUCCCGGACUCGCUGAAGAGUCAAUUCAACAUUCAACACAUCAGCUUCAAUCCAAUCUCUGUGACACUGAUGAAGAAGGCUCUCCAGAGAAUCACGAAAGCCCUGAAUCACGAGCCUUACUCUCAGGUUUACAAGCAAUCCUCGCAGGAAGUUGUAGACAGCUUGAUUACCUCAGCGAUGGGCGACAUUCGAAACGCGAUCCUCAAUCUGCAGUUUGUCUCACAGAAAGAUGCCAAGGUGAAGAUCAACAUUGAGCAGCAGGGAAGUCGGAAAAAGGGCAAAGGAAAGUCUUCAGGAGCGAACAAGAGGCUGAAAACUGUGGGCAGGGAUGAAACUAUCACUCUCAUGCAUGCUCUGGGAAGAGUUUUCAAUCCCAAAUAUGAGAAUUCGAAGCUAUCUCACAAUCCUGAGAAGCUCUGCGAUGACUUCGAGACUCAGCCACACAACUUCUUAGCCUUCCUCCACGCGAACUAUCUUCAGCACGUUUCCAGCCUCAAUGAUUGCUCCAGCAUCGCGGAGAAUCUCAGCUUCAGCGAGUUCCUGAGUCGCGAGUGGAGAUCCGACGAGAUUCCAGUCACUGCGCUGCUCGUGGCGAUCAGAGGAACGAUGGCGCUCAAUGCGAAGCCCAGCACCGGAUGGAUUCCCACCAAAGGGCCGCGGAAGCUGCCGCAGAUCAGCAGUCAUGAGCAGCACGAGGAGAUCUUCCGGCUGGGCUACGAGGGCUUCCAUUCCAUCGAGACCGCGGCGACGGAUCUGAUCCAGUACGCGAAGAUGAUCGGCAAGGAGGAGGAGAAGCGCGAGAAUUGUGAUGAAACGUGAGAAGUUGAAUUUUAUUUUUAUGGGAGGAUGGAUUUUAACAUUUUGGUAUACAUUAAUGGCAAUGCGAUUUCAUACCUCACUAAAUCAUAUUACUUAAUAGUUAAUAUCAAUAAUUUGUCACACGCACUGGAACUCAGUUUGAUUCAACAGAUUGUGAAUUGCCUCAGAAAUUGACUCACAGAGAAUAAUAAUAA